AUGCCUCGCAACGGAGACGGAUCCUCUCACAACGGCCCUUUUGAAGAGGCUGGCCACAACAUCGCCCACGGUACCGAAAAGGCCAAGGAAAACGAUCAAUCUCACAAAGUCGCAGACUUGCCGGAAGGAAUUCAUGACAAGGGCGCAGCUCUGCCGGGAAUGAAUGCAAGCGGUGGCGGCAACGCCAUCACGAAUCAGCCCGACAUGAAGGGCGCUCAGACUAGUCAAUAAUCUGCCGAACAAUAUCGCUACAAUAUUCGGCUACAUGUACAAUAAUACACGUUUUCUUUGGAGAGUUUGAAUACCAGUUUUAUCAACAAAACAACGCAAAU